AUGCCCCGCGAGCUCGAGUUCCCUUUACGCGCUGCUAGACGCGUCCCUCGCCCCCAGCUUUCUCAAAUCGCGAUUGCCAGUUUGCGAUCCGCGAAACGGCGCAUUUGCUCACAAGCGUACUCUGACGAGGACAUCGAACUGGUUCACGAGAUCGUCACACUUGCGGAAACCCUUUACCCAACUCUUCCAGAGCGGGAGCGCCUCCCUACCAACGCCCUGUUUCUCGCCGCUGAAGAAAUCCUCCCCCGCCAUGGCAUUGACCCCGAAAACACGCCGUCCCACAUCGCCCGGCUCAUCUUUAAGAUUGGGGGGCAGCGAUCUGGGAACACGCUUAGCGAUAAGUUUAGAUCUGUCCUAGGAGGACUUGGUAUUCAACUUGAAUUCGUCCCAAGCAGCCCCUCAGCAAGACCCGACUCUCGCUCCUCAUUGGCGCCCAGUGACACAAACACCGACGACAUACACCUCCACCCGCAACAAACUUCUGAACUUCCACGAAAGAUUACAAGAGAUCGACGCGAUAGUGGGAGCGAUUCUGACCGGGAAGAUAACGCGCAAACCGCUUCUCCCGUUCAUACCCCAGUCCCACUCGGAUUUGGAUCCGAUGCUCGACCUCGAGCUGUUCAGGAACCCUUGCACCUUGAUGCAGCUUCCCCCGUUGUGGAUAUGGAAUUAUUGGAACGAAAACUGCAACAUUUGAGGUCCCAGGAGGACCGAGAGCUCGCAAAGGAUGUUUUUGGCAUGUGGCAUGCAUACGCCUGCCAAACAAAACGGAACAACGACGAGCUGGAAUCAAUCGCCAUUGAGUACGAUAACAACGAUCUCCUUGGCGAGGUGCUCGACAUCUGGAGCGAGGAGGCCGCGGCGGCGGAAGAGCUGAGGAUCAAGGCCGAAGAAGCGGCUAAAUACGAGGCGUACGUUGCGAAGAUGGAGAAACGCGCUAGCAGGGUGUACGAGAUUAUUACCAUUCACAACGUGUUUGCGGAGUGGCAGGGGCGAGCUCGAGAAGAGCGCGAGCGGACGGCAGUGGCACGCAGGCAUCUCGUACGGAAGCGGACAUUCGAGGGCUGGCACGCGCAACACGUCGAGGACGAGACCAAGGUCAGGAACUUCAUCUUGAGCAACGUCCUCCAAAAAUGGAGCCAAGUCGCCUUGCAUCAUGAGGUUCGCCACGAAGUCGCCGCGCAAUGGCACCAGCAAGACCUUUGCAAACAAAGCCUCCAUACGAUGUGGGAGGAAUCCAAGCGACGCCUCGCAGACGAGUUCUACGCUUUUGGCUUGGCCGGGCAAUGCUUAGACGCUUGGACCGACAAAGCACGCGAUACUCGGGAUGAGUACCAGGUGGCGGUAGCGCUCGACGAGAGGCUCGUGCUCGACGAGGUAGUUAAUAUCUGGCUCGAAGAGGUGGACGCACAGCAGUACAAUGCCUACGAGUACACACGGCAGUGGCUGGUCUUGGGUUGUCGCAGGGACUUGGAUUACUGGCAGGAGCAAGCCAGACUCUCGGCUUUGCUGAGGCAGUACACCGGCAAACAAGAGCGAGACACAAUAGUGCGGACUCUGGAAACCUGGAACAGUAUCUCCCAGGACGCGAAAGGCGAAGCCGCUGUUGCCGAUGCUUUCUUGCUCAACGAGCCCUUGGGGCACUGGGAACGCGAGAUGAAGCUCAAACUGUUCAUUGAACGCGAUGAAUUCGAGACUAAGGCUGCGACUCUCGAACACUGGGCUCUUGAAGAGAAACUUACCUGGUACCAAGGACAUUUGGAAACUAGAACCAAACGACAGACCCUCGAGGCAUUCUUCGCCGCUUUCACACAAGCUCGUGGCGAGCGAGAACGACAUGAACAGGAGGCGGAUUACGUUGACACAUAUUACACUCAAACCGAGGUGGUCGACAUUUGGCUUGAAGAAACCGAUGAGAUGUGGAAACAACGACAGAACGCCAACCUCGUGAAUCUCUACCGCACAGCCCGGCCAUGUGUGGACCAUUGGCGAGAGCAUUGCCAACAGAGCCAAGCUCGCGACGGGUUUUACCGGAGAAAGGCGGACAAGCAGCGGGCCAGAUCUAUCGUAUCGAACGUGCUCGAUAGGUGGCCAGCUGUUGCUGAGGCCACGCGGAGGGAGCGGAUGAUGACUUCGCUUCGCCAGUUUCGACGAAGUUACAAAGUUGAGCUGGCCCAGGAGUGUCUUGGAAAAUGGUUGGAUGCCACCGCAUAUGCGUUUGAUGCCCACCACGAUGCUCGCCAGGCCAAUCUUCACUACAAACGGGAGGACCUCAACGACUGUCUCGACCUUUGGGUUCGCGCGGCAAAGAGGUUAGAAAACGUUCAGCAGAUCGCCGCAGAUGCCGAAGUCGAAGUGUACUGCGAGAAAUGGCAUGCGCAGCUCCAGGAAGCGAAGGAGAACAUGCAGGACGCUGUUGAAUACGACGCAGAGCAGACUCGAAAACGCUGCUGGGAGAAAUGGGAAUUUCAGAACCUCCAGAACGAAAGCAAGCGGCACAUGGCUGUUACACUGAAAGAGAAGAACGAAAGACGCGUCCGCCGCCGGAUUCUCGGCGAAUGGCAACAGAAAGCUGUUCCGGAGGCAGCGGCACGCAACAACCCUCACCUCAGCACCCUCUCCGCUCGACGUAGCGUCCGACAGCAGCUUGCACGGUCGUCCACACCUGCAACGGGCUUCUACACGGUCAGCCAGUUGGCCACCCUUCGCCCUCGCGAUUCUGUUUCCGCCCUGGGACCUAUGGCCGAAUUUGACGAAGACCCCCUGAUACCUGACUUGGAUGACCCCGGUUUUAUGAGCACGCCGACAAGAUGGACAGGUAGCAUGCGGACGCUGGCCUACCGUCCGACUUCGACACCAUCCGCCAUAUUACCUUCGCCUCAUGAACGAGAGCUGAGGCGACAGUAUGGCGUGGGGGGUUUAAAGCCGAGAGUAGAGUUUGCCGAUAUCAAUGAAGAGUCUGCAGAGGACUUGUAUGGAUGA